AUGAAGAUUGAGAGUCUCUUCGGUUGCUUCAAAGGAGGCAAGAGAGAGCAAAACAAAGAGUACGGAAGCCAAAGGACCGGUUGCUGCAAUAAUAUGGGGUGGCAGACACUGCCUGACGAUAUCAUGGAGAUUAUUUUAAAGCACUUGAAUUUAAGAGAGCGCCUCCAUAAGUACUUGAGUUUUUCCAGUGUCUCAGAUGUCAAGUUUCACACAUUGAGGCUACCUAAGCCGGUUCGAGGAGGGCGGGUUUGUGGUUGUUCUAAAGGAUGGUUGGUUAUGAUCAAAGAAAAAGUGUUAAACUCCAAACUGUAUCUCGUAAACCCAAUUUCAAGAGACCAACACCAACUUCCAUCUUUGAGAACAAUUCCAUCUUUCCAUAAGUUCGUAAACACAAACAAGUCGAAACGUGGCGGUGCAUUGCUUUUCUGUAAUUCAUUCGCGUUAUCUAUGUCGGAUGUUAAAUCAAACAACUGUAUUGUUGCAGCAGUUUUUGAUGAGUUGACGUUGGGUUUAUGCAGACCUGGAGACAAAACAUGGAGUGUCUUCCAUGUAUUAGAUGAAAACGAAUAUCUUGAUAAAAUAUUGUUUUCUUCUUCCGGUAUGCUAUACGCCUUGGUUUCUUCGGGUAGUGUUAGUAAGAAUGGCAUCGUUGUUGCGUCUCACAGCUUAAACUUUGGAGAUGAUACAGUGAAAAUUAAAUUGAUUGAUGAUGAGGAAACUGAUGAUGAGGAUGAUGAGGACGAGGACGAGGAAGAGAUUGAUGAUGAGGAUGAUGAGGACGAGGAAGAGAUUGAUGAUGAGGAAGAGACUGAUGAUGAGGAUGAGACUGAUGAUGAGGAUGAGGAAGAGGAGGAAGAUGACAAUAACGAUGAUCAAGAUGAAGGAGUUAAUAAUGGUGAAUUUCACCACGUCGAUAUUGCUUCUGAAGAUGCAUCUGGCUCUAAACCAUAUUUGAGGACAAGUGAAUUUAGAGUAUACAAGGUUGACCAAGAGAAUGACAACUUGGAUAGGGUACAAUGUUUGGGGGACGACCAACUAUUCUUUUGCUCUGAUGCUGAAUGCGUGUCCCUGCAUCCAGCUAGUAAUAUCCAAGGAUUUGACGGAAAUUGCAUUUAUUUUGCAACAAACAACAUAUGGAGGUUACAUUCUUUAGAAACAUAUCAUCUCGUGAGAUUGGUGUAUUCUACCUAG